UCCACGGCAAGCAGAGAAAUGAGGACGAGUGCAGCACCCCUGGCGGGCCUGUUUCUCGCAGUCGUUCUCACUGCCUCGGCCGACGAUGCAUUCGUCGAGAGGCAGACCACGGAAGGCAUGGUUCGCGGCAACGUGGUCCGUGCCCUGGGCAAGACCAUCGAAGAGUACCGCGGCAUUCCGUUCGCCGAGCCGCCUGUGGGAAGGCUCCGGUUUCGGCCUCCACUUCCCAAAAGACCUUGGGAGGGCACCUUGGAUGCUACCGCUGGAAACACAGCCUGUCCUCAGGUGCUGUUGGAAGGAAUCACACUGAGCAGCAACCCAAGCUUCACAGAAGACUGCCUCCAGCUGAACGUAUGGGUCCCAGAGGUCGGAACUACCCCGGGCUCGAGUCGGUCUGUGCUUGUAUGGAUCCACGGAGGAUCAUUCACCUUAGGCAGCGCGAAUAUGGGGAACACUAGCGGAGUCUUGCUCGCUGCACUCGGCGAUGUAGUGGUCGUCUCCAUGAAUUACCGUCUUGGCAUCCUGGGCUUCAUGAACGCGAACUCUCCGGAGGCGCCAGGCAAUGUUGGCCUCAUGGAUCAGAACAUGGCUCUAAAGUGGGUGCAGCGGAACAUAGCACAUUUCGGAGGUGACCCCGAGCAAGUGACUUUGUUCGGUGAGAGCGCAGGCUCAAUGAGUGUGCACGCGCAAAUUAUGUCGCCAUUAAGCAAAGGCCUCUUUAAGAGGGCAGUCUUGAUGAGCGGCACAAUGUACAGCCUGGACACGUGGGACACUGUUCCGGAAAGCAUGGUCAAGGCCGACAAGGUCGCUAACGUUAUUGGCUGCUCUAACGGUGGAACAAUCGAGCUGUCAUCGAAGGCAGAAGAAAUCGUAGACUGCAUGAGAAACAAAUCCGCCGAUGAGCUCGUCAAGGCUUCUCAGAAGAUAGCUGCACCAAAGUUUGCCCCAUUUGCGCCUACUUACCACGACGAGUUCCUCCCCAGAAAUCCAUUUUUGGCCCUGAAGCGCGGUUUCUUCUCAUCUGUGGACGUCUUAGCUGGCGUAACUUCAGACGAAGGAGCUGCGUUGCUCCAGUUCCCGUUGGUCCCCGAGCUUCUGGUGGAAGACCUUCAAGGUUCUCCGCCAGAGGAGCUUAUUAAGUCUCUUCGCAGUGCAUUAUGGCGAGUGCUUAAAGAUGACAUACUUGAUAUCUUAGAAACAUACACCAAAGAAGCCGCAAAGGACGACAACAACGCACUGAGACGCCAAUACAUCGACUACUUGUCGGACAGAUUGUUCAACUGUCCCUUGCAGUUCUUCGCAGAAAAUCACAGCGAGAAAGGCAACAAGGUUUUCACGUAUGUGUUCGAUCACAAGCCGGCAACGUUUCCACCGCCUGAGUGGAUGGGAGCGCCCCACGGCACUGACGUAGCCUUCACGUUUGGUCACCCCUACGCAGCAAAUCCUGAUUCUCCGGACGGUCGCACGGCUGAGGCUUUUAUUCGAAUCCUGGCCAGCUUCAGCCGAAAUGGGAUUCCGGAACUUCCCAACAACGAGACAUGGCCACAAUACAGCAAGGACUUGCCAAGCACGAUCGUUAUCAAGAACGGCCAAUUUAACGAUACACAGGGAUUCCGCUCUACCUACUGUGAACGCUGGAGACCUCUGUAUUAAAUGUGCCACUGACG